AGUUUGUAUUCACACGACUUCGACCACGCAGUGGCUCAUUAGUGCAGAGUUUCGCUAACUGGUUUUGUUAUACUGAGUAGAUAAAUAGUGGUCCUCGACGCAUAAAUUUUACUGGUGAAUAUGAAUUAGAAACAAGAACGCAAGUAGUUGCGCGCGUCCUGUUCGUCAUGGUUGCGAUGCUUUCGCGAUUAUGAAACUUGUGUGUACUAAAAACCAUAGUCGCAGCACGCCCUCAACUUUUGCUUCAGGGUAUAAUUUGUGCCAAAAGCGAAAAACUCUACUCUAAAGCACGAACAUGUUGUACUUUUUUUCCUUAGAAAUGAAAUCGAUAUCCUGGUGAACAAGAUGCAUCGUUACGAGCACGUCGGUCACAUCAGCGAGGGCCGGUUCGGCUCGGUGUCGAAGGCGGUUACGAAGGACACGCAGGAUUACGUGGCCAUCAAGGAAGUGUACUACCGGGAUUGCGCGCGGCGCGUGUGUAUCAAAUGCAAAAAAAUGAUCUCAGUCUGGAUGAAAGGUCGAUUGCAACAAUCAGACCAGCAAGACUUGCUGGUCUGAUUGUUGCACAAUGCUAGUAGUAGAGCGUUAUUUAUUGUACGGCCUAGAACUAAGUAGCAGCAUGGGAGGGCUUAUUUGUGUGCAGUUGCAGGUUCAUCUCCAUUCGUACUGAUUGAUGAAAAGGUCGCAUUUUUUGACUUGAGCACGACAAAAAAGCUGGUGGCAAAAAUGCAUCUUCACAGUAGAUCUGGCUCUACACCUACUACAAGUUUCGCAUGAACGAGACGAGACCGAGAUCAUUUUUUGCCAUUCAUACUCUGCCCAGUGACGGGUCGAAUUGUGCUGGAAGCCACGGACGCCUGGACGAAAUCGAUUCUCCGUGAGCUAGAGUUCUACGACCCCGCAGCGGUGAAAUCGCAAACAAACGCGGACGAGUUGCUAUUCGGGGUCGUGGGAUCAUCUUCGGGCGUGACGGGUGACAGUUCGACAGCUUCGAGCACCACCGCAAACGGUAUCCACUGCAAAUCUGUUGCCGUACACGACCAUGCACAACUACAAAUGCAUAUGCAAUCGCUGCACGACAAAAAGAAACUUCUCGCAGCCAUAUCGAAUUAUUUAGGUUGACGGAGUUUGUUACUUGUAAACGCGUUGGAGGCUUGUCUAUUUUGUGUACGGCAAAUUUGUAUUGCACAAGCGGUAGCCAGCGGAACUCGAGCUCCUCCAGUAGUACAACUGAGAGUCUUCAUUCUGGUGACCACAGAGAUCAGCAUAAAAAUCCGUCGGGCGAAAAAAACAGCAGCCCAUCUUCCUCGCGAAACAAUGGCAGCGGGUCUUACAGAAAUAGUACUUCUGGUGCCAAGAACUACAACCCGGAGUUGUCGUCAUCUUCAUCCAGAAGAAGCCAGCUCGCCGUCGCGGACAACGAGCAGCGGCAGUUUUUCUGCGGCGCCAGCGCCGACGCGAGUUUCUUCAACGCCAGAACGCAGCAGGUCGUGUAUGAAGGCGCACGGAUGGAGUUGGAAAAUCUGAAUCUGACACUGGAAGAGUACCUGGGCGCCGGCGCUAUCAUGGUACCGCAGUGCAGCCCCUUGGGUGGGGGUGGUGCAACUGGUCGUGGGAACAAUGAGUAUCCUGUGUAAAAAAACGUCCCCACCCCAUAGUCAAGAUGGGCAAUCUGCUAGACAAAUCCACAGGGCUUGGCUGUUGCGCAUGAGAGAUUUGGUCUCGUAGUGUAAUCGUAUUUAGCUACUUUACGAGCAUCACAGAUCCAGCACAUCAUGCUGAUUGGAGCAUGACAAAUUCCGAAACACAGCUAGAAAAUGCUUCGCAUGGAACUCCGCAUGAGAAACAUCUUCAGCAUGCAGAAUUGCAUUACAACUACGGGGUGGGGACGUUUUUGCAAAUGAUAACGAGGAGGAUAUGUUCAUCCACAACGUGUUGGAUUGCACGAGCCAGAUCUUUAUCAAGUGUAAAAAUGUCUGGGUCUGGAAGAAUGCGCGAUUUGUCAUGCAGCUUUUCCAUGACCCAUGAGGUCUGGAAUACGAGACCCAGCAUGACAGAUUCUUUGAGGUCUCUAUCAUGCCUUUCCUGCGUGAGAAACUCCCUCUCAACUUGGUCAAAAGGGUACAGCUUUUGGCACUCAUGCAACACAGAUUUCCGCAUGAUUCGGAUUUAGCAUGACAAGUUGCAAUCUUCCAGACCCAGACAUUUUUACAAUCCAUAAUCUUCGGCAGCAACUUGAAUCCCAUGCUGAAACACGUGGAAGGAGAGAUGAAUCAGCACCCCAAUAUCGUGAAAAUGUUGUCGCAUUUCCGCAGUCCGCAGCAGCCGUGCUACUACCUCGUGUACGAAUUCUGCGAAAUGGAUCUCUACCAGGUCCUGAACGCGCCGGGGGAAAUCUUCAGCAACUUGGGGAGUUGUAGUAUCCUGUGCAAAUAAAGUGUCGUUGUACUACCCCUACUGAGUACUUGAAUUCAUCUUGCAGUUAUGCAUGGCAAAAUUGUGAUCUUAGCCUUAGGUCGUAAGUCAGCAUUUUUGCAAAUUCUAUUGUUUCUUCUGAGAUGAGCUUCUUUUGUGAUGCGAUUGAUACUACUACUGCGAUACUUUUGCAAUGCAUAACUUGUACAUCACCACCAAUGCACCCGACAAGGACCCCGGAAGGUGUCAAACUGUCCGAAUCCCAAGUGAAACGCUUGACGUUCCAACUGUUGAAUGGACUGCAAGAGCUGCACGUGAAUCGGAAGGUGAUGCACAGGGAUUUGAAGCCCUCAAAUUUACUGCUACACAAGGACGGCCUGCUAAAAAUCGCGGAUUUCGGGUCCGCGUGCCUGAUUCCGGAGAAACCAAUUCGCGCGGUGUCGAAAAAGGAACCAGCUGCAGUCGAUACCAAGCCACUUGCUGCCACGUGUGGAGCGAGAGCCAGUUCCUCCAGUGCAGGGGCGAGAAGUACCACGACUGCUGCUAGUUGCGGCGCGACGGUCAACUCUAGAAGUACUCAGGCGACGAGUGAACAAGGAAAUCCGACUGAAGAAGCCAAUGUCCCCAGCGACCAGGACCGGAACCUUCUCCCAAACACUGCUGAUGUUGCUGGUGCUAUAAAUUCGAAAAUCAAUAAAGAUGGAGCAAAAAGAACCUCCACAAUUGCGAGCUCUACAUCAGAUCUCCCCGACCCUCGUUCUCCUGGCGUAGAGAACCGCUCGGAAAAUAAUAGCAGUUCCUCGCCGACGAGAGCCACCAAGCGCCCGCACCCAUUACUGGGAACCGCACCGGAUGCGCUCGAGAACCUGCUGGGAGCUGCAGCAGGUGCAGCAUCUGCAGCUAGUACCAACAAGGAAGGACAUGUCGUCGCAGCUACUGCCGCUCCGGAUUCCUCGAAAAUGGUGAAUCGACCAGGAAUGAAGCAAAACCAAAACCACAAGUCCUCGAUAGUGUCUACUGGCGCAGCGGUAUGCAAAGAAAAAAGUGCUGUUGCAGUGAUACAUUAUGGCACAGUAGAGCAAGCAAGACAGAGAAGGUCUGUCAUGCCGGAUAAAUUUAGUACUCAGGAGGAGGUUAGUAUCAUACGUGUUUUAAUGUUCCCUUGUGAAGUAGAUCUCUGCAUAAAAGUUUGAAGCUAAGCUUCCUCUGUCAUCAUGCAGGACCACAUCCAGUUUGUGUUGCUGAUUAGCCGCCAACAAAUGUGUUACUGUGAAUAAACACUUUUUUCCUUGCAUAAGCAGCCAACGCUUUGACGCGGGAGAUCUGCACGCGGUGGUACAAGUCGCCAGAGCUGCUCUACGGGUCCUACACCUACGACGAGAAAAUCGACAUUUGGGCGGUGGGGUGCAUCAUCUACGAACUGAUGCAACAUUUGAAGACCAAUAGUUCUCCUCACUCGACGAGCGAAGAUCAUGCCGUUCCUACUCCCACUGCCCGAAGUCCAAGCCAAGCACCGGGAGCAGGAACAACUACCUCCCACGGCGAACAGAACGCACCACCGCAACAGCCAAGCAGCGGACCACAACCACCGACCGACGAGAUGAAGCCGGUUCUACUUGCGCCCACGAUUUCCAAUCCCGCAACGACGGCUUUGAUGUUCGAUUUCGACGGCGAUGAACGAGAAGACUUUAUUGCAUCGGCCCGAGAAGCUGUACAAACGAAUAAGGUCCUAUUCGACGGCGACUGCGAUAUUCAGCAGCUCGGGAAAAUCUUCCACUGCCUGGGCACGGUGAAGCACGCCGACUGGCCUGAGGUGAGAGCGCUUCCGGACUACGGGAAAAUCCAGUUUAUCGAUAUUAUCGAAAGGAAAAAUCCCCCCUCCCCAUAUCAAAACGGAAUUUCUGAUGCUGGAUUUGUAUACACAAAGCAGCUUUGUAUUGCAGAGAGGCACUGCGGCCAGAUCCCCAGGCAAGGUAGGGGCGUAUGGGUCUAGUUGUUCAGCAUGGCAAACGGCUCCUCUUUAGGCCCAACAGCAUGGCAAGCCGCUUCCAUAAUGGGGCGGAAGCUUCUGCCCUUGUCUUCUUGCAAGACAAAUGCGAUCCGUGGCCUCAAAUCAGCAACGCAAAUCUUCGGAAACAUACCUUUUCAAUAUGGGGAGGGGGGAUUUUUCCUUACGAUAGAUAUCCCCGCGCCGCCGAACCAGUACCUGGAAAAGAAGCCCUUCGACGACGACUCUCUGGUCGCGGCCUGCAUAAAGUUGAACCCCAAACACCGGGCGGAAGUCGGAGAUUUGUUGAUGAGCAGUUGGUUUGCGGGCGUGGUGAACAACGACAUGCGACACGACAUCGUGGCGGUCAUAGAAAGGACGAAAGCGCUGCAGAAUUACACCGCCACCGAUGUUCUUGACGAGAGUCCUGGUGAGCGAAGGAGGAACAGUGGCAGGAGAAUUCUUGCCACUUCUUCUUCUCCAGCGGGGAAUGCAAGCGCAGAAGUGCUGCUGGCAAAUGGAACUAGGGGUCCGAACGGCGACGUCAAUGUGCUGGUUCUGGACCAAGAUCUUCAGGGCCUCAACACCAUGGACAGUCCGAGGACGAACAUCGACCCCUCUUCCGAAGACUGUCCGGAGCAGGUACAUCGAGAAACUGCCACGAGGCGAGGGCGAGGAGGGGUCGUGGCAGGAAGUAGAAGACCAAGCGCAAGAACUGAGAACAAUUCUAGUACAGCCGGCAAUUAUGCAACAUCAUUUCCAAGAAUAUCAAAUCCGGUCUCGUCGUCCGGUGGACAUCACCACGAUCUCCCCGCCCGCUCCGAUUCCUCCUCGACCGCGACGCAACACACCGACACCGAGCAAAUAAACGAGGAGGACUUUACCGCGUUGCCCUUUCAAGGUCUGUACAACUUGACGCAGCUGCAAAAGUCCCCGACCGCAGGAGGUGCAGCUGGCGACGGUGUAAGAACAACAAGUCCAGGAGCAUCUGGCACUACUAGUUGUACCCAGGAACAACAGCCGCGCGGAACAAACAAACAAAGUUCCACCUCCCGGAGAUCAUUCGAGCACACCAGCCCACAAGCGAACUCCCGAGGACCGUUGCAGGUGAACAGUAGCAAGAAUAAGAAGGUGGAGGCAGCGGUGAACAAUCCAACUUCUCCGCCGAUCCGACCUUUGCAGUUGCCGACGCGGGUUGGUACGACCACGGGGACGGCAAAUUAUAACGGAUCAUCUUCAACAUCAACAUCUGGGGGUGUGAUUGCGGGCCGCACGCCGGGGAAUGCGCGGAUACUGCGAAAUCGCGAUUUCCAUGACCGCGGAAGCAGGGGGAGAAUGGGAAGGGGUGGCGGAGGGAAGGUGGGCUCGAACUUGGCUAUUUCGAGCGACGAUGACGAACAGGACCCGGAUGAGUUUCUGUAGAUGAAAUAACGCUUGAAAAUAAGUUGUAUCCACUUGUGACAUGUUAUCCCCUGAUGUAAUGUAGCAGUAGCUAUCUUCCCUAUCCCGUCGAGACUCGGAUCAAAUGCAAGAAAUGCUUGAUGAGGCUGCGUAUGGUCGCCUGGCUGAUGUGCAUUCCGAAGUAAAAUGCUCUGGCGCAAAAUUCUCCCGCCUUCCGAAUGCACCCACGUGGUUCGCUCUCCGUUUUC